AGUCUAAAGUGUUAAAGAAAAUGAUUCUGUUGAUACUAGUGUUACUCUUACCGCUGUUCAUUAGUUACUAUUUUAAAAAGAAAAAAAGAUAUGAGGAAGUAUGGAAAUAUUUGGAUGAUAUUCCUGGACCUAAAAGCUAUCCCAUACUCGGAACUAAUUACAAAAUGCAUACAAGAGAAUCGUUAUUUAUAAGAGAUAGAAUAAGAGCAAUUGAAUUGUAUCCCAUUUAUAAGUUAUGGUCUUUCAAUAUACCAGCAGUUGUUGUGAUGCAUCCUGAGGACAUUGAGUUGGUGGUAAAUAAUUCAAAGCACAAUAAGAAGAGUUUAAUAUACAGCUUUCUUCAUGAUUGGCUGGGAACUGGUCUUUUAACUAGUGAGGGCACAAAAUGGAAUAAGAGAAGAAAAAUUUUAACGCCAGCGUUCCAUUUUAAUAUUCUUCAGGAAUUCGUGGGGAUGUUAAACAAAGAAACACAAAUAUUGGUUGAUAAUUUGAUGAAAUUAUCUGACGCCCCUCAUAUAGAUGUAACUAAACCUAUCACCGAAUUUACUUUAUACUCUAUUGGAGAAACUUCUCUAGGCGUUUCUCUUCGAGAAGAUCCUAACUGCAAACGAUACAAACAAGCUGUUUACGAUUUUGGAGAGUAUUUUGCUUACAGAUGCGUCCGCCCUUGGUUGUUCUUUUCAUUAAUAUAUAAAUUAAGCUCAGUAUACAAGAAGACUAGAAAAACAAUAAAUAUUCUACACGAUUUUUCCCAAAACGUUAUCAAUGAACGUAAGAAAACUUUCGUUCCCAAUGAUAAUUUGAGUUAUUCCGAUAGGAAGAGGUUGGCUCUUUUAGACUUGAUGUUAAAAGCCAAGCAUGAUGGAGCUGAUAUCGAUGACGAAGGAAUUAGAGAAGAGCUAGAUACUUUUAUUUUUGAAGGCCAUGACACUACAUCUGUUUCCAUAUGUUUUACCCUAAUGGUGUUAGCAAAUGAACCAAAAAUACAGGAAGAAAUAUAUCAAGAACUAUUAACAGUUGUGGGAGAAUCCGAAGAACCCUCCUACCAAGAAUUAGGAGAUCUAAAAUAUUUGGAAAGGUGUAUCAAGGAAAGCUUACGAUUAUAUCCAAGUGUGCCGAUCAUAGCCAGAAUAGCGGGAGAAAAUAUAGAAACAAAAACAGGAUAUACGAUUCCAAAAGAUUGCAAUGUGUCUAUUUAUAUAUACGAUAUGCAUCGAAGACCGGAAUUUUGGGAGAAUCCCGAGAAAUUCGACCCUGAUCGAUUUUUGUUAGAGAAUGCCAUAAAAAGACAUCCUUUUGCUUAUAUACCUUUUAGUGCAGGAAGUAGAAAUUGUAUAGGACAAAGAUUUGCACUUUUAGAAAUCAAAGCUGUUCUGUGCGGAAUACUGCGAAAGUUCAAACUGGAACCAGUCACCAGACCUGAAAAUAUUGUUUACGCAGCAGAUUUAGUAUUAAGACCUUCUGGGGAAAUAAAUGUUAAAUUUGUACCAAGAGUUUAAAUAAAAGUUUACUUUAG